AUGGUGCGCCCUGAUGAGAAUGUGGAAUCUUCGCAAGUUCCACGAAACCAAAAGACUAUUGAAUGGUUAGAAGAUGCGCUACUGAUGCCCCUGCACGAAAAAGAACAUAUAAAAAGUGUUCGUUUGCUUGUGUCGAUCGGUGCCAUGAUCGGAUCGAAUGUGUGGGAGGAUAUUGUGGGCUUUGUAUCUCCGCGCAUCAUUGGCAAUGCAGAAGCAUAUGCGCUGAAAUGGAAAAUAUGA